AUGGAACAAACUAGGAGUGAUAAAGUCUUCUUUCUCUCUACAGAUAAUGAAAUACUUUCCAGUUUACCACUACAGAUGUCCCUCUAUUUCAACGUUUAUUUUUUCCCAUUUUGGUGGCUCUGCACAGUUGUCACACUCUAUCUGAAGUAUCUGCUCUUGUCAGAUUACUACAAGUUCAUCCUGGUCACCAGCAUGAUCCUGUCCUUUCUGAUAGAGGUCAUUCGACUCUACCUGGGAUACAUGGGCAAUCUGCAGGAGAAAGUCCCCGAGCUGGCUGGGUUUUGGCUCCUGAGCCUCCUCCUGCAGUUGCCUAUAAUCCUCUUCUUGCUAUUGAAUGAAGGGCUGAAAAUCCAACCACUGGAGCGAGCAGUCCACAUCAUCUUUGCCCUUUUCCUUGCCUUCCAAGUCAUCGCAGCCUUUGUCACCCUGAAAAGAAUGAUGAACAAACUGGCAACUCGCUUCCGCCUCGAUGAAUUUACCCAGCUGGAGGAACACCCUGUGCCUGGUGUUUACAGCCUGCAUAAAGAGCAGAGAGCAGUCCCCAUGGCUG